UGGAGCUUUAGAUUACAGGACAUUACUUGGUGGGACCGGCUGCUGGUACCAUGUCUCUUCUGGGGCUGCUCAUCCUGCUCUUGGUGGCUACAGAAAAUGCAGGAGCUGCCAAAGCCAUAGUGAUCUUCUCACCCAACUGGGCCACCGUAUUCACAAAGGAAUCUGUAACUCUGACUUGUAAUGUAGAUUCCUCUGCAGGAGGCUUUUCCUGGUAUAAAGAUGAGAGAUGGAUCAGUUCAGAACAGAAAUAUACAAUAGGCUCUGCCCAAGUGAAUGACAGUGGGAAAUACCAAUGUAAAUCCCAGAGCAGUGACCGGAGUGACUCUGUUACACUGACUGUCAGUAACGAAUACUUGGCCCUGAAAGUUCCCCCCUUUGUGUUUGAAGGGGACAAUGUAUAUGUUUUCUGUGCCGAGUACCCUGGGUAUGAUGCUGAGAAGGCUGAUCUGAAGAAAGGAAAUAUGUUUAUAGCUUCUUCUCCCAAUGGGAGUUUCCAGAUUGGAAGAGUAACCAUGGCAACGAGUGGCUCCUACACAUGUAACAGAACAGUAGGGUACUAUAGCCCUUAUAAUUAUGUGAGCAGUGCCGACAUUUCUGUAAAAGCUUUUUUCAAACAGCCGGGCAACUGAUCUGUGAAUUCAGGUUCCCCCGAAUCAAAUUCAAUCGAAGAAUAUUCAAUUCUGAUAAAGUGUGACACCAAUCUCAGCCCACACAGAGUGACUACAGAGCUACAGUUUGCUUUCUACAGAAAUGGGCACAAUGUGCAGGGAUUCAGCUCAUCCAACCAAUAUGGAGUCCCCUCAGCUCAGCUGGAGGAUUCUGGGAAAUAUAUCUGUGAAAUAAGAGAUCAAUCUGGGAGUGUAAAGAAGACGAGUGACCAAAAAAGUAUUGAAAUAAAAGAGCUGGUUAGAACCCCACAGAUAAAAGUCAGCCCAGAUGAUCAGGUGACAGAAGGAGAUCACAUGACCAUAACAUGUGACACAAAGCUCAGCCCACACAGAGAGACUACAGAGCUACAGUUUGUUUUCUACAGAAAUGGGCACAAUGUGCAGGGAUUCAGUUCAUCCAACCAAUAUGGAGUCCCCUCAGCUCAGCUGGAGGAUUCUGGGAAUUAUAUCUGUGAAAUAAGAGAUCAAUCUGGGAGUGUAAAGAAGGCGAGUGACCCAAAAAGUAUUGAAAUUAAAGAGCUGGUUAGAACCCCACAGAUAAAAGUCAGCCCAGAUGAUCAGGUGACAGAAGGAGAUCACAUGACCAUAACAUGUGACACCAAUCUCAGCCCACACAGAGAGACUACAGAGCUACAGUUUGUUUUCUACAGAAAUGGGCACAAUGUGCAGGGAUUCAGUUCAUCCAACCAAUAUGGAGUCCCCUCAGCUCAGCUGGAGGAUUCUGGGAAUUAUACCUGUGAAAUAAAAGAUCAAUCUGGGAGUGUAAAGAAGACGAGUGACCAAAAAAGUAUUGAAAUAAAAGAGCUGGUUAGAACCCCACAGAUAAAAGUCAGCCCAGAUGAUCAGGUGACAGAAGGAGAUCACAUGACCAUAACAUGUGACACAAAGCUCAGCCCACACAGAGAGACUACAGAGCUGCAGUUUGCUUUCUACAGAAAUGGGCACAAUGUGCAGGAAUUCAGUUCAUCCAACCAAUAUGGAGUCCCCUCAGCUCAGCUGGAGGAUUCUGGGAAUUAUACCUGUGAAAUAAAAGAUCAAUCUGGGAGUGUAAAGAAGGAAAGUGACCCAAAAAAUAUCCGGAUACAAGCACAGAAACUCUCUGGUGUGAGUGUGAGGCUUGAGCCGGCAGGAGGACAGGUUCUUGCUGGGGAGAAGUUGGAGAUUCUCUGCUCAGUGGAGAAGGGAAUGGGAUUAUUGAGUUAUUCCUGGUGCAAACAGUCCAGUCUCAGCUGUGACACCAAAGAGGCUGCAGUUCUGGAGCAACGGUUUGUGGUAGAAAGUGUUUCUGAAGAUUAUGGAGGAGAAUAUCAGUGCAUCGUUACUAGAACUGCUACUGGGGAUUCCAUCAGCAGCGCCAACAUCUCCAUCUCUGUCCAAGGAAGUAUUUUAAUCCAGGAUUGGAGCUUUGUGGUGGCUACAGAAAAUGCAGGAGCUGCCAAAGCCAUAGUGAUCUUCUCACCCAACUGGGCCACCGUAUUCACAAAGGAAUCUGUAACUCUGACUUGUCAUGUAGAUUCCUCUGCAGGAGGCUUUUCCUGGUAUAAAGAUGGUGUACAGAUCCGUUCAGAACAGAAAUAUACAAUAGGCUCUGCCCAAGUGAGUGACAGUGGGAGAUACCAAUGUAAGUCCCAGAGCAGUGACCGGAGUGACUCUGUUACACUGACAGUCAGUAACGAUUACCUGGCCCUGAAAGUUCCCCCCUAUGUGUUUGAAGGGGACAAUGUAUAUGUUUUCUGUGCCGGGUACGCUGGGUUCCAUGCUGAGAAGGCUGAUCUGAAGAAAGGAAAUAUGUUUAUAGCUUCUUCUCCCAAUGGGAGUUUCCAGAUUGGAAGAGUAACCAUGGCAACGAGUGGCUCCUACACAUGUUACAGAACAGUAGGGUACUAUAGCCCUUACAAUUAUGUGAGCAGUGCCGACAUUUCUGUAAAAGAGCUUUUUUCAAAGCCGGUAAUAUCUGUGAAUUCAGGUUCCCCGAAUCAAAUUAAUGAAGAUUCAAUUCUGAUAAAGUGUGACACAAAGCUCAGCCCACACAGAGAGACUACAGAGCUACAGUUUGCUUUCUACAGAAAUGGGCACAAUGUGCAGGGAUUCAGUUCAUCCAACCAAUAUGGAGUCCCCUCAGCUCAGCUGGAGCAUUCUGGGAAUUAUACCUGUGAAAUAAAAGAUCAAUCUGGGAGUGUAAAGAAGGCGAGUGACCAAAAAAGUAUUGAAAUAAAAGAGCUGGUUAGAACCCCACAGAUAAAAGUCAGCCCAGAUGAUCAGGUGACAGAAGGAGAUCACAUGACCAUAACAUGUGACACAAAGCUCAGCCCACACAGAGAGACUACAGAACUACAGUUUGCUUUCUACAGAAAUGGGCACAAUGUGCAGGAAUUCAGUUCAUCCAACCAAUAUGGAGUCCCCUCAGCUCAACUGGAGGAUUCUGGGAAUUAUUGCUGUGAAAUAAGAGAUCAAUCUGGGAGUGUAAAGAAGGAAAGUGACCCAAAAAAUAUCCGGAUACAAGCACAGAAACUCUCUGGUGUGAGUGUGAGGCUUGAGCCGGCAGGAGGACAGGUUCUUGCUGGGGAGAAGUUGGAGAUUCUCUGCUCAGUGGAGAAGGGAAUGGGAUUAUUGAGUUAUUCCUGGUGCAAACAGUCCAGUCUCAGCUGUGACACCAAAGAGGCUGCAGUUCUGGAGCAACGGUUUGUGGUAGAAAGUGUUUCUGAAGAUUAUGGAGGAGAAUAUCAGUGUAUCGUUACUAGAACUGCUACUGGGGAUUCCAUCAGCAGCGCCAACAUCUCCAUCUCUGUCCAAGGAAUGAUUUUAAUGCAGGAUCGGAGCUUUGGGAAUAUCUAUGUAUUGAUUGGAAUAGGAGUCACAUUGACUUUUGCGGUUCUACUUGCUGUUGCCCUUCUUGCCUUCAAAUACAGACACAGAAGAUCAGGUGACUCAGUACAUAAAGCCCAAUACAGGGCUGGUAGAAGACAACAAGCUGAGGACCAGCAAACGUCAAAUGAUAUGACACCAGAGCCAGAGUAUGACAAUAUGGUUUUCCAAGAUGUCUCUCAUACAAACAAUGUGUGUUCAACUUACUUUUAUAUUAACCAACAAACAGCUUCUUCUUCUUCUUCUCCAGUCAAUAAUAAUGAUGAAGGUUCUGUUAUUUACGCUGCUAUAAAGAGUAAAUCCACCAGAACUGCAAAGAAUCAAGGGGAACCUGCUGAAUCCCUCUAUGAGAACUUCAGUGCCAAAUAACCGCAGGCUUAAUGACGGCUCAGCCGCUACCAGUUGACUCCGUUCAGUCCAUUCUGUAGCAGCAUGUGUAUGUAAUUUUGACGUUGACUGCAAUCUUGACUACCAAAAUUUUGACUGCAACACUUCUUAAAGGAACAGUAACAUCAAAAAUUUAAAGUGUUUAAAGUGUUUAUAUAAACUAUAGUAGUACUUAUCUGU